AUGUAUCUAUCUUUUUUCGCCUGCAUAAUCGCUCUUCUUCCAGCAUGUGCGGUGGCUGCACCGGUCGCAGCUCCUGUCCUUCCGCCAGCCGGCGGUGUUAGUCUAUCUUCCCCUGUUGUCGAUAUGGAGGGCAGUGGUUGCAAGCAAGGAGAUGCGCACGUGGUAAUUGCUCGGGACAACUCAGCUAUGACGAUUAUCCUCGACAACUUCCAGGCUGCCGACGGUCCAACUGCUGGAAAGAUCAAGAGUCGUGCUUUCUGCCGAGUGACCAUCGGUAUCAACUCUCCUGGUUGGGCCUUUGAUAUUAGCUCCGCCGAUUUUCGUGGAUAUGUCAAUCUCGACACUGGCGCUGAAGCAAGCCUAGUCUCGAGGUGGAAAUAUGUUGACGCAAACGGGGUCGAUCUGAAGGGCAAGGGAAACAUCCACAAGAUCGUUACCGGCCCAUUUAGCAACGAUUUCCUCCUGCAUAAAGAUGGCGAGCUCUCCGGUAACGAGGCUUCAGUAUGCCAAAAGAAGGAUGCGAAGCUUGCGAUCAGUCUGUCCGCAACUGUGACAUCGAAUACAGCGACCGCCAACGGUUAUGUACAGGGAAGCUCACAAGACUUCGCCUUCAGCCAGAUAUUGAAUCUAUCGUGGAGGAAGUGCUGA